UUGUGGAGCCUUCUUCGCCCAUCAAUCUGCGAUGGCUUUAUCAAAACUUACGAGAAAAUUCAACCACUGGAGUAUCAGCAAUUUUCAACUAAGAAAUAUCUUUUUUUGUCUACCCUGGAAAUGGCAGAUUCGACAUAACUUGACAACAUAUCAGGAUUGUGUUAUCAAAAAAGAAAACCAGACGACUGAGAUCGACUUUUCAUUGAUUGACACGACAACACGCUACAAAAUUCUGUGUGCUUCGAUCCUCCCGCGACCCAUUGCACUGGUCAGCUCGUGUUCCAGAGAUGGCUUGAUUCCAAACUUGGCUAAUUUUAGCUUCUUCAUGCCCGUUACUAGUGAUCCCGCUACUCUUGCAUUUUCUGUGACCAGGAAGUACAAUCACGAUAAGAAGGACACGUUAGUGAAUAUAGAAGAAACUGGUCAUUUUGUAGUUAAUCAUCUUCCUCAUUACAUUUUUGACAAAGCCUACAAAGCAUCCAAAGAAUUUCCUUCUGAUGUAAACGAGUUCCAGGCAGUCGGUCUGACACCUACUCCAUCAAAGUGUGGCAUAGCGCCAUGUGUUUUAGAAUCGCCUAUCUCUCUGGAAUGCAAACUUUUCCAGUUGGUCCAAGUUGGCUCAGGGAAGUAUGGAUCAUCAACCCUUAUUAUUGGUGAAGUCGUAUACUCUCAUUUCAGAGGGGUUUCGUACGAGGACGGUAAAAUUGAUGUGCGUUCGCUGMAAAGUGUUUCCAGGCUGGAUGGAAUGAAUUAUGGAAACGCUGCUAUAAGUUUUACAGUCGAUAAUAAUGAAAUAUGGAGUUUUAAGCAUUGGUAAAAAWUAUAUGUUAGAGGAGCAGAUACGACUUCAACAUGCUUUCUCUAUACUAAAUAUAUCCCUGAUACUAAUGUGCCUAACAACUAAAGCAAGAGAAAAUGAACUAAGAGAAGGAAUCCCCGUGCCCCAUCAUGUGCACACUUUGAUGCUAUUUUUAGAAUCAUCGAUGCUAUUUUUAACUCGUUACCAUGCCCGCGCAAUAAUC